UCAAAGAAAGUCAAAGACAUUCAAACGUGAAAGUCAGCCUUUCGAAGAAAAUCCUGAAAUUAAACAACUCGGUGCCCACUAGCCCCGGGAUAUCGUUAUAAACCAAACCUCUGGUAGCCUACAAUAAAUAUCAGAUUCAAUAUGGAAUGGUUCUCCAGAAAGAAAUGGCUAACGUUAACUGCUAGCUUGUCAGAAAAGACGCCUUUUUUGCCUCCCGUGUGUGUUAUUGUUCGGAAGGAAUGGCACCUGGUCAAGAACAAUCUUUUUAGGAUCUCAAGCAUCUUCCUGAGAGGCUUGCCUAACAUGAAAGCAGCAGGACAUAACGCGGUGAAAUUGGGCGAACAUAUAGAAACCCAAACGGCCAGUGAGGAAUGGAGCAGUAACGUUACAGCAAGUUGAGGAGAACAGAUAACUUUCUCUUUGACCAUGUGGGGAACAACUAAGAUGGCAUUCCACUAAACCAGGACAAGAGACAAGAGGUGACAGAAUACGGAGGCACAGGCAGCAACACAAAAUCUGAUCUGAUCUGGAAUCUACCAUCAUUCGGAUAAGGAAUAACUCUUCUUCCAAAGUACAUGAUUGUUCUCACAAGCAAACAGUAAAAGUACAAAAGAAAACUAUCAAAGAGGGAACCUCCCACUCUUCCUUUUGAAAUUCUUCCCUUUUUGACUCUGACCCUUGAGCUUUAGCUUUCAGCAUGACCAGUCUGGUAGGGAAGCUAGACCCUCGGAGGGUACAAUGGCGCUCUACAUUGAACACCUUUACGUCCCGUGUCCUGAGGACCAAGCCUGUGGAGUCCAUGUUAGAUUCGGCCAUGACAGGCACCAGCUCCCAUGGGACCAGACUGGCCCGGGUCUUAUCCACAGUGGACCUGGUGUCGCUGGGCGUGGGCAGCUGCGUCGGGACAGGGAUGUAUGUGGUCUCAGGGCUGGUUGCCAAGGAGAUGGCCGGUCCGGGCGUCAUUGUGUCCUUCAUUAUCGCCGCUGUGGCCUCCAUUCUGUCAGGAGUGUGUUAUGCAGAGUUUGGCGUGCGGGUGCCUAAAACCACAGGUUCGGCCUACACGUACAGCUACGUGACCGUGGGCGAGUGCGUGGCGUUUUUCAUCGGCUGGAACUUGAUUCUGGAGUAUCUGAUCGGCACUGCGGCGGGGGCGUCGGCUCUCAGCAGCAUGGCGGACUCACUGGCCAAUCACAGCAUCAGCAACUUUAUGAUUACACACAUCGGAACGCUCAGGGGCUUGGGUAAAGGGGAGCAGUCGUACCCGGACCUGCUGGCGCUGCUGAUAGCACUGCUGGUGACAGUGAUAGUUGCUUUGGGAGUGAAGAACUCUGUGGGCUUCAACAACGUGCUGAACGUCAUCAACCUCAUAGUGUGGGUGUUCAUGAUGAUCGCCGGGCUCUUCUUUGUCAACGGAGAGAACUGGGACGAGGGGAGAUUCCUGCCCUUUGGCUGGUCGGGGGUGAUGCAGGGUGCAGCGACCUGUUUUUAUGCCUUCAUUGGAUUUGACAUCAUCGCUACAACAGGAGAGGAGGCCAAGAGUCCCAACACCUCCAUCCCCUAUGCCAUCACUGCCUCACUCAUCACCUGCCUCACUGCCUACGUCUCUGUUUCUGUGAUCCUGACUCUGAUGGUGCCGUAUAAUGAGAUUGACGCAGACGCCCCGCUCAUGGAGAUGUUUGCCAUGCAUGGCUGUAUGUUUGCAAAGUAUAUCGUGGCAGUGGGCUCCAUAGCGGGACUCACUGUUUCCCUCCUGGGGUCCCUGUUCCCCAUGCCCAGGGUCAUUUAUGCCAUGGCCGGGGACGGCCUGCUGUUUAAGUUCCUGGCCAAUGUCUCUUCCUACACAGAGACCCCUGCUGUUGCCUGUGUGGUGUCGGGCUUUCUAGCUGCCCUGCUGUCCCUCAUGGUCAGCCUCCGAGACCUCAUAGAGAUGAUGUCCAUAGGGACCCUGCUGGCCUACACCCUGGUAAGCCUGUGUGUACUCCUGUUGCGUUACCAACCGGAAGGCGACAUCCACGGCUUUGUGAACUUCCUCUCCGAGGAGCAGAACAACAAGAGAAAGGAGGGCGUUCUGGCCGAGUGCGAGAAAGAAGCCUGUUCACCAACCAGCGAAGCGGAUGAGUAUGGCGGUCCGGCCACAAACACCUGUGGAGCCAAAAACCUACCGUCACUGGGUGACAAUGAGAUGCUGAUAGGCAAACCAGAUAAAACCACAUACACUGCCAGCCACCCAAACUAUGGCACAGUGGACAUGACUACUGGCAUCGAAGCAGAAGAGUCAGAGGGCGGGUUGUCCCGGCGGUUGAAGAAGAUCAUUGGACCGCGCUACUACACCUUGAGGAUCCGAUUGGGCCUCCCGGGAAAGAUGGACAGGCCUACUCCAGCCACGGGGAAAACUGUUACUGUGUGUGUACUGCUCCUCUUCAUUUCCAUCUUCGCUUUCUGCUCCUUCAUCAUUUUUGGCGCGAGCAGUAUUGGGGAGGGUCAUUGGUGGGCUUUGCUGCUAUUAGUCUUCUUCAUCAUCUUCCUUGCCCUGCUCGUCAUCAUCAUCCUCCAGCAGCCAGAGAACCCUAAGCGGCUGCCCUACAUGGCGCCCUGUGUGCCCUUUGUACCUGCUUCAGCCAUGCUGGUCAACAUCUACCUCAUGCUUAAACUGUCUGCCAUCACCUGGAUACGAUUUUCAAUCUGGUGCAUCGUGGGUGUGCUCAUCUACUUUGGCUAUGGCAUGUGGCAUAGUACGCUGGAGAUCACGGCCAGAGAGAACGAGGUGCACGCCUCCACCUACCAGCGCUACGAUCAAGGCGUGGACGAAGGCUUCUGCGGCUUCGACGACGAUUUCUACCCGCCUACUACUGACCCCUGGGGUGCGCCGGAGGGGGGAUCAGGGCUCACCCCGCCCCCUGAGGUGAAACCCGAAAGUGACGGGGCACCAUCUAAAGGUGGAGGCAGUAAAAUUGCCAAUCACGGUCUCGCGGAGGAGGAUCCGAUGGAUUUCUGAAGGGACUGACUCUGUGUUACCCUGAAUGUACUGCCUUGUCUGCUGCCUGGGGAAAGGGAGGGGGAACAGGGGUGUGUUUGUGUGUGUGUGUGUGUGUGUGUGUGUGUGUGUGCGCGCCUGCCUGCCUGCCUGCAUCCGUUUGUAUUUGUGUGUCUAACCCUUGGGCUAGAUAGUUUCUUGGCCGUGGAACGGCUUUUCAUUCACCUUACUCUGCCGUGCUUGGCUCCUCAGCUCACACAGCAAAUGAGGACGCCAGGGUCAUGUGUCUUGUCACAGUCACUUGUUAUUCACUUACCGGGGUCCACAUCCCACACAAACAAAGGAUAGAAAAGUGCGGACGUAGCAGGAGAUAAAAUACGAUGUGGUUCAUUGCACUGUGAACGAUGAAACAUUGUUUAUUGAGCAAUCCGUGAACUGUAUAUCUGAGAAUUUACGGGAUAUAGGAGAGGAGAAGGUGAUGAGUACAGGACAGAUGGAUCAGCACCUCUCUUCCUGUUUCAACACAGACAGACAGGAAAGUUAGAUGACAGCAUGGCAAGCUUAAGCUAUUUCCCAUGUACAGGUCUGACUUUCUCUGCUCAUUUUCUUUUCAACAGACAGGAAAACUGCUACACGUGCUCUUAAAAAAAACACACACAAAAAUUGCUUGAAAAUCAAAAACUGCUUUGUCUUUAAACAUUCCCCCUGACCCCCUAACAUCUAGCCCAAGGGAUUUAGGACAGGAUUGGGAAGAGGGUGUUGAUGUUUUCUGUCACAAAUAGUACUUGGACUUUGCUUGCAAUAGUGCCUUCAUCUACUGUAUGUGUAUGUGAGUUUCUGAUUAUGUCUGUUUUCUACUUUAAUUUUGCCUGUGUAUGAGGGUGUAUGCGCAAUCAAACUCCACCUUUUCCAUCAAUGUGUGGGUGUGUGUGUGUGUGUGUGUGUGUGUGUGUGUGUGUGUGUGUGUGUGUGUGUGUGUGUGUGUGUGUGUGUAAAGUUCUUGGGGUUGUUUUAAUGUGUAUUUGUAGGUAUUUGUUUCGUUUUGUCCUUCCCUCUCUUUGCCCCCAGCAUGACACUCAAAAUCAAUCCGCACGCAACAAAGCAGCCCAUGGUGCGAUAUAACACAUGCUUGUCAGCUCAUCUGUGUACCUAAAAAGAGGAGAGAGAGAAGAGGGUGCAACAGAGCGAAAGAGAGAACAGGUUGAAUCCUUAUUGACAACCGGCUUGGUUUAUUGUGAUAAAUGUCAGUUUCUGUGUGCUUGUCUCUCCGUGGAUGCAGUUCUCGCUGUUUACCAUGCCUGGAAAGGAAUUCAUUUUCAGUUCAUUCAAUUCAAGAAAUGGAUUUUCUGCAAAGUUUACAUCUUUUCUCCUAGAGAAGAAGAGGGUAUUUCAGUUUUUGUCUGAAUCGAGGGGAAGGUCCAAAUCAAGUAUUAAUAAUGCUCUGGAUGGCUGUGGGUUUCAACCCCCCUCCCCACACCAAUAAUUUCCGUACAGUCCCAACUGAGGACUGCCUUGUAAGUGAGUUUUACUUAUACACUGAGUGAACUGAAAUACAAUCCCUCCUCUUCCAUCUCUCUCCCUUUCUUCUCCCCUCCAUCCCUUUUAACUAUUAUCCUUCUUUCGUCUCCACAUUUUUGUAUCCUCUACUUCCGCCACUCCUUUGCUCUUCCAGCACAACUCUUCCGUCAUCUAUUUAUCACAUCACCCCACUCUUGAUAUUCACCCGACCGUGUCAGCAGGGAGUUCCCACUCUACUGUAAGUCACAAGUGAUAGAGCCGGGAUUGGUUUUCAGUCAGGAUUUGAAACUGCAAUCUGUUCAUGGCCUGACAAUACAUUAGCUCCUGUUUCACCUCAGGGUGUCUGCUAUCUCUCUUCUGAUUUGUCACCAGAGCAUUUACUCUGCUCCCUGUGGUUCUGCUCCAACCCCGGCCCAAACUAGUCUUAGUGAUCCUCCCUGUUGCCCCUACCUCUUCACGUAGCUAGUGUUGAAGUCCCACUCUUUAUCGUUAUUGACACUGUUGCUGCAGCACGAAGAGAUAUUGUGAAAAUCAAUCAAAUCAAAUAUGUUCCUGUAGAGCUCAGUGUUUAGGACAUGUAAGCUGAUGCUGCCAGGGUUAGGGGUUUGAUUCUAUAUUAUUAAGAAUGUAUGUCCUCAUGGUACUGUAAGGAAUUUUGGCACACACCAAAUAGCAUAUUGUUAUGUUAUUAUGAUGAGGGUGGGGGCACUUCUACAAUAGCUGCUGCUGUAUGCCCUGAUUGUCCUCCUUGUACAGUACCUUUUCCUCUUGCCCCCUGUUGCUGCAUCUGUCCCUUUAAGGGAAGCCUUAUUUGUCUAAUGCACUAAAUCUAAGGAUGCCACGCUAACCCCCACCCUACCUCUGCUCCUCCCACAUCCAUCCACACUCCAACAAAAAAAACAAAAAUCCUUUAAGUAGUAAUAGGCUCUUUGGUGUCGUCCAGUGAAAUGAUUGUGAUACCCGUCCCAAAAAAACAGCCCAAUACUUCUUUUUACGCUCAUAUUGGACGAUUCUGCAGCCUGCUAAUGCAGGAAGAAAUGAGCCUUUCUGCAGUGUAGUGGAACAUAAGGGUGUUGAGGUUUAGGUGUGGAGUGCUAUUCAAGGACCAAUCAUGGCCACAGCUAACAUUGAGGUCAUGUCUAAUGUAUCUUUUCUGGAAUUGUUAUAGUGACUUGGAGGGAGUUUAUAUUCUACAAUUGAAAGUUGCACAUGGUGUAUAUUUUACAAGCUGAUUCCAGUAUUUUUAAAUUUUCAAUAUAUUGGCCAACAAAAAAUAUGUAAAUAAUGAAUUGAGUAUUUCAUGUACCGACCUUCAGAAAUAACUUAACUGUAACCAUGAUCUUUCCUAUACUAAGUAAUUUGUUUUAGUUGCCAAACCUUAACUAUACAGUAGUUCAAUCAGUCAACUCGCAUGGAGAGAGGCAUUUUUAUGUGAAUGUAGAAUAUGUUUGUUACAAGGAAACACCACGCUCAGAGCAGCAGGGCGGCAGAGAGUGAUAAUGAUAACCAAAACCAUAAUUUGAUAUUAACCAUGUUAUGAAUGGUUGUCGUAGAAAUGGCUAUUUGAAAAUCUUUUGCCAUUGAACAUAAUUAGAGGUUUUGCAGAAUUGUCCAAUAUCGACGUUCUGUCUGGUGAUAGGGUUGGAAAAAACAGCACAUCCUAAAACAUUUGCACACUAUAUCUCACACACAUGCAUCCAAAAUACACUCCCCACCCAGAUCACCUCCUGACUCAGCCAAAAGAAGACAGCCGUUUUGCGUUCACAUCCCAGCCAAAAACCAGACGGAGAAUUCAGGGGUUGCCAUGCCUCUGAGACUGGACUGUACAGUCAACUCUAUUAUCUGCUAUGUUUAUGUAUGCAUAAGUAUGUGUGUGUGUGUGUGUGUGUGUGUGUGUGUGUGUGUGUGUGUGCGUGCGCGUGUGCAUGUGUGUGUGCAUACAUGUGUGUUUGUGGUCUAUGCCUGCGCCUCAAUGUGACCGCCUGGUGAAUGUGUAGCAUGCUCUCAUGCACGAGGUCCAGACUGUAAAUGUUGUACCUGCAUGUGGUGACUGAUCGCUACGAGACAUGAUAGAACACUAAAACCAAACCAAACGCAGGCUUAGUUCUUAUACCUGGGAACGUUGGCCUCUGUGCUCUGAGAGGAUUAACAGGUGUUUUACAACCGAAUCAGCUUCAAAAACAUUAUUGUUCAGGGUUCUUACCACUGAAUUGAACUGAAAGCUAUUAUAUUCAUUGCAGACUUCUACCAUUUCUAUUCAGAUUAAAAACUUUCCUAUACUUUACAGCUUUACAUAUUAUGUUAAAUGAUUUCUAAGAGCUAAAAGAAGCUUAUUCUCUCCUAUAUUUCUAAGCUCAUACAGUAAUCUCCUAACCCAGGUAUGGGAACCAGGGCUCCGUUUGAAAAAGGAGUAGAACAUGUAGCAAACACACAGGUGUGGGGAUGACUUAUCCUCCAUUAACCACUUACAGUAUGCCUACUUCCUGUAUAUCCCUUUUCUCAACCACAAACUCUGCAAGCCAAAGUCCACAAUGUCUGUUUACUUUUCACAUACAGAAGACCGCAGUUUCUUCAAAGUGAACAAAGCUACAACAGAGCUAACCAUUUCUUUUUUUGGGGGGGGGGUCUGCUAAUAAGCUACUAAUGUCUGAUUAUCACAAGGAGAUUUUUUUUCUUCUCACGGUGACUUUAGUCAACAGCGCAAUGAUAAUUAAAAAAAAAAAAAAUCCUAGUUGAAGAGUAUUUCAAUUAAAAAGAUUGAAAGUAUUAGUCUAGACGGCAUUGACUACAGCAGAUCAGUUUGUCCAGCAGUGAAAAAAUACAACAUUGAAGGAGAAAAGUAUUUUUCUACAGCUGUCUCCCAUCCAAAGGUCCUCCUUGGGUAGGUGUGCACAAAAGAGCUGGGUGGAGUUUGACUUUCUGUGGUUUUUCUUUAAUCACAAGGAGGCCUGGGAGAAACUGCUAAAAUAUAUUUUUAACAACUGUAGUCUCUAUGAUAAUGCUCAUUUAUGAACCUUAAUCCUUUCCUUUGAAGGAUUUUGAAAUGGUUGCUCUAGACGUCAACAGAACUGUAGAAGGUUUAAAAGUAUAUAGGAGUACUGCAGAAAACAUGCAGAAACUAUUUUAAUACAAUUCUAUGAAGGGUAACUACUGUACAAGCAUUAACAAAUAUUGCCACUAUUGCUUUUAAAGUCAGCUACUAUUUAUUUAUUUUGUCUCGGAGAAGGCGUACUGUGUUCUUCCUGUGCUCGGUGUUCGCUGUGGCCAAAGUGUCCAGUCUAUGUGUGUCGGACUUGUUGAGAUUGGCUUCUCUCGCAAACUAGAUAUUCCUUUUCUCUUCUGUAUAUUUUGGCACAAAGCUGUAUAAUGUAGAUGUUUUUUAUGUUAUUUUGUAAUGAUUUCUUCCAUAUGUGUGGUUGUUUUGCUCCUGGGUGCACUGUUUUUGCUGAGUUGUUGAUAUUGCUUCCAUGCAACAUUGAAAGCUAUUUAUUGCAAAUACCAAAAA